GCGUGUGUGCGCGUGUGUCUAUGCACACGCGCGCAUGUGUGUGAGGGGUUGUCCAGGAGCUGCGGCUGAAUCAGAGACAGAAAGCGACGACUGCACAGCUCGACAGGCUGCUCCUCUGAGCUCGACACGAUGCGAAGUUUGUUCUCAGUGACGCUCCUGCUGCUCCUGGCCCUCACGCUCACCGUGGAGGCCAACAAACGGGCCAAACAUCACAAAGGUGGAAAACAUGAUAAAUCCCGGGCGUCCUCUGAGUGCUCCCCUGCAGAGAUCCAGUACGGGAAAUGCGUGCCUGACCACGGAGACUGUGGAGACGGGCUGAGAGAGACAUCCUGCAAAGAUCGCACCGAGAAGAUUAACUGCAGGAUCCCGUGCAACUGGAAGAAGGACAUCAGUGACUGUAAGUACAAGUUCGGCGCGUGGAGUUCCUGCGACGCCGCCACCAACACCAAGAGCCGGUCAGGAACGCUGAAGAAGGCUCUGUUCAACGCCGAAUGUCAGGCCACCGUCAAGGUCUCCAAGCCCUGCUCCCACAAAAUCAAGAAGACCAGAGGGGAGAAGAAAUCAAACUGAGGAAAGAACCAGAAGACGACAGGAUUUCUCCUCCUCUUACAGCUGAACAGUCGUCUUCCCUUCUUCUUCUUCUUCUUCAAAA